AAUCUUCAUUUUUCCCUCUGAAUUCUCUCUGCCUUCAUCUGUUUUGUUUUCAUCAUAUGGAUUCUCCUUUCAAUUGCAUCUUGUUUGAUCUGGAUGAUACUCUUUAUCCUUCCAACACUGGAUUAGCUCAAGGCGUCAAGAGAAACAUCGACGAUUUUCUAAUUGAGAAAUGUGGAUUUCCGGCGACGAAAGCUUCGAAUCUCAGAGUGGAACUCUUCAAAACGUACGGCAGCACCCUCGCCGGUUUACGAGCGUUAGGCUAUGACAUCGAUGCCGAUGAUUACCACAGUUUCGUCCACGGAAGAUUGGCGUACGACGUGAUCAAGCCGGACCCCCAGCUACGCAACAUGCUGCGCAGCAUCACCCAAAGGAAAGUCAUAUUUACGAAUUCGGAUAGGGUUCAUGCGAUCAAGGUCAUGAGGAGGCUGGGAAUCGAAGACUGUUUCGAUCAGAUCAUAAGUUUCGAGACACUGAACCCUAAUCUCACGAAAUCAAAGCGUCCCGAUGAAUUCCCCGUCGUUCUCAAACCCUCGAGAGAGGCCCUCAAAAUUGCUCUCCACGUCUCCCGUGUUGAUCCUCGACGCACACUGUUUCUGGAUGACAAUGUUCGGAACAUAUCCGCUGGAAAGGCUAUGGGCCUCUGGACUUGUCUGGUUGGGAAUACAACUAAAACAAAGGAAGCGGAUUAUGCAAUAGAGGAAGUGAAGAAAUUGGCUAGAGUGAUACCGGAGAUCUGGGGGAGCAAACCGGAGGGAAAUCGGAGCGAAUUACACGCAGAUGUUAUUGUGGAUCAGUUCAACGUCUCCGGUGACCUAAUUGAGAAGGACGUGGGAUUAGGAGAACUUGCCUCCCCAUUAUGCACACACUUCAUUCCCAUAACCAUGUGAAUAAUGUUCAUUGAUCGUGUGAAUUAAUUAGCACCUACAUGUACGUAUCAAAAUAGUCCCUGACGUGGGGAUGACGACCUGUUCUUUGGGGUUUGUUCUAAAGUGACCCCUCCACUCUCCAAGUGUCAGAUGUAAUGUUUAAUGGUUGAAUUUCGUUAUUGA